UCCGGUGACUCAACAACACAACUUACACCAAACAACGCACCUUUUCACUCAACACGAGCCAAAACGGAUAUCAUCGGAAAAAAUCACGUUCAAAGUCUGGCCGUCCGAGGACGUUCAAAUUGGCGGGCAUUUCUUUGCUUGGGUUUUCUGCGCGCUGGUCCGCGGCAAAUAGGAAUCUUCCAUUUCGAUUCAGUCACAACCGAUUCGGGCAGAUCACAUUUGCAGGACUUACACAGCCCCGGCUCACCCACAACUCGGCCAUGAAAACCCGAAUCCUCAAAGUGCCGCUUGCCGGCAAGGAUGACUCGGCCCUCGGCCGGUGGACAUCCUCUACCCCGGACGGCACACCGGAUCUCACCACGUGGGAAGUCACAGCAACCGACGACGCCGUGCGGGCUCCCCUCCAGGAAGCCGCACACCUCCUGCGCACCACCGCCGUCCCCGUCGCCUUCCCCACCGAGACCGUCUACGGGCUCGGCGCCGACGCCACCCGCUCCGCCGCCGUCAGGGGAAUCUACUCGGCCAAGGGCCGGCCCUCCGACAACCCCCUGAUCGUGCACAUCAGCGACCUGACCAUGCUGCGCCAGCUCCUCUCCCCCUCUGACUCCUCCCCCCCACACUCCCCAGAAGUCACCCCCCAAGAAGAAAGCGACCCCAUCCCCCCCAUCUACCACCCCCUGAUAACCCGCUUCUGGCCCGGCCCCCUAACCAUCCUCCUCCCCCUCCCAUCCCCCUCCCCCCUCGCGCCCGAAGUCACCGCCUCCCAACCGGCCUUCGGCGCGCGCAUGCCCGCCUCCGCCCUCGCGCGCACCCUCAUCGCCCUCGCGGGGACCCCGCUCGCCGCGCCCUCCGCCAACGCCUCCACGCGGCCCAGCCCCACCGCCGCGGCGCACGUCCGUGAUGAUUUGGAGGGGCGGAUCGAGCUGGUGCUGGAUGGCGGGGCGUGUACUGUGGGGGUGGAGAGUACGGUGGUGGAUGGGAUGUGUGUGCCGCCGGUGGUGCUGCGGCCGGGAGGGGUGGGGAUGGAGGAGUUGAAGGGUUGUAAGGGGUGGGAGGGGGUGAGGAAGGCGUAUGUGGAUGGGGAGGGGGUGGGAGGGGGGGCGCCGCCGAGGGCGCCGGGGAUGAAGUAUAAGCAUUAUAGUCCGAGGGCGAGGGUGGUGUUGUUUGAGGCGGGGAGGGAGGGGGUGGGGUUGGGGGAGGUGAGCGCUGGUGGGGGGGAGACGGUGGGGGUUAUUAGGACGGGGGGUUGGCCUGUUGCGGGGGGGCUGGGGUGCGCGAGGUUGGGUGAGCCGGCGGUUGUGAAUGGGGAGGGGGAGACGGGGUUGGUGGUUAAGGAGGGUGUGCUUCUGGGUGAGGAUGGGAGUGAGGCGGGGAGGGUGUUGGAUGUGGAUCUUGGGGGGGACGUCAAGGGGGUGGCACACGGGUUAUUUGCAGCGCUGAGAGAGCUGGACAGGCUCGGAGCGGACGUCAUCUUCGUGGAAGGGGUUAGCGAUGGGGACGAUAUCGCGGCGGCGGUCAUGAAUAGGCUCAGGAAGGCGGCGUCAGAAAUUAGGGCUUAGAUAGACGCAUUAGACGUCUCCCAGGAGGCAUUUUCCACUCAGCAGUUUUUGCUACUCGAUGAUGCGCAAUUCGCCCAAGGUCUUUUCACGAAGUACUCUAAACUC